UUUUUACCAUUUUAUUCACUUUUCAAUAUCAUAUUUUUUUCUUGAUCAUAACCUCUUCGAUGCGUUGCAAGAAUAAAUAAUUGUGUAUAAAGCAGAUUUAUCCUUUUAUGGAAGUUCCAGAUGACUAAAGGGUUUUCUUCCCACAUCACUUUCUUAUAUGCCAAUAAUGAUUGGGCAAAUGAUUCAACAGCUGACAAACGAACGGAGGCCACGGCUUCGAAUCCCGGUUGUAUCUGAAGUUACAGAACUGCUAUUUCCAUGUGUUACCAAUGUUUGCUCAUACUUCGCUGUAAACAGAAUUGUUUUUGUGGUAUUUUUUCCGUGUAAAAUGUCUUCAAAACUGACAUCCUCCACGAGCAUCCUACAAUACUGAAAAUAAAAAUUAGGCAUCAGCGAUUGUGUUCUAACAACAUAGAGUGCUAGGGGAUGACGCCUACUGCAGAUAUUUGUACAUCUUAACUCCGUGUGCAUCAAUUCACCUGAAGUUUAGUUGGAAACUACACGCAAUCUAUAUUUUACACAGCAUACAAGGUGACGCGCUUUUUGUACUCCUCUGAUGACAAGACACUCGUUCGUUCCUGUAUUGAUGCUGUGAACGUUUGCGGCUAUUGCUUUUCAGUAAAUAAAAAAAUAAUUUGCGGCACGUAGUUCUCUGACGAUUUGAAGAUAGGAGACUUAUUUUCCGUUGUACUGUGUAGUACAGUGAUCUGAUAAUCAGCGGAUAUGGAUAUUGUUUGGCGGCUUAGCUCAAAUGAAUUCGAAUAGUAGUUCCCUUUUGUGUCUGAAACUUCGCCUCUAUACAAAACCGAGGGGAAUAAAUGUGUCAUAGUUUUAGGAAAUACCGCAAUAUGAGGAACCACCGUGAAAUUAGCCCAGUGGAAGCGAGUUUCCAUGGCGUAACAUUAAUUGUAAUGGGUUCCGUUUCUUUUAGCAUUAUAGAUUCUGUCUGAUGAAGUGAAAUUUCGUAUUUACAUCAGGAAAGUAGCUAUGAUAAUGUGAAAAGGAUUGAAGUCUCCUGAUACGGCAAACUAUAGGUCGUCAACGGUAGCCGAAGUAAAUUAUUAUUCGGCUUAUACAUUAUCUGGCGCAUUACUGUUUACUCAGAGCAUUACAUGCUAACAACACGUAGCCCGUAGCUCCGAAACCCUAAGGAACCCUUACAUGCAACGAGACACUAGGAUACGCAAUGAAGCUAUUAAAGCCUACUUGGGUUAGCCACGAUGAACUUCCUAUUUUCUCCGUUGACAUCCAUCCUGAUGGAUCCAGGUUUGCAACAGGAGGACAAGGUGGAGAUUCUGGAAGAAUUGUUAUUUGGAAUAUGGCUCCAGUUGUUAGUCCAGAAAUUGAAAACGAUGAAAAUAUACCGAAAAUGUUGUGCCAAAUGGAUAAUCACUUAGCGUGUGUGAAUUGUGUCCGGUGGAGUUUCUCGGGAAAAUUUUUGGCAUCUGGUGGUGAUGACAAGCUUAUAAUGAUAUGGAAAAUUAGCAAAUACACAGGUGCAACAAAUGUUUUUGGAAGUGUUGGGAAAGUAAAUGUCGAGAGUUGGCGUUGCUGCAUGACUUUGCGUGGACAUAAUGGUGAUGUCCUGGAUAUGGCAUGGUCUCCACAUGAUGCAUGGCUUGCAUCUUGUUCUGUUGACAACACAGUGAUUGUGUGGAAUGCUCUUAAGAUGCCAGAAAUGGUAGCAGUACUGAAAGGUCAUUCUGGACUAGUGAAGGGUGUUGCAUGGGAUCCUGUAGGCAAAUAUAUGGCUUCACAAUCUGAUGACAAGACAUUGAGGGUUUGGAGAACAGCAGACUGGAAAGAGGAUUCAGUCAUCACUGAACCAUUUGAAGAGUGUGGAGGUACAACACAUGUCUUGAGGCUCAGCUGGUCACCAGAUGGUCAAUACUUAGUAUCAGCACAUGCCAUGAACGGUGGAGGUCCCACUGCUCAAAUUGUUGAACGUGAGGGAUGGCGGAAAGAUAAGGAUUUUGUUGGACACCGAAAGGCUGUCACAUGCGUUCGUUUCAAUUCCAACAUUCUGCAGAAACAAUAUCGUUCUUCAUCGAAGCCUCAACAGUAUUGCUGUUGUGCAAUUGGUUCUCGAGAUCGAUCGUUAUCAGUAUGGCUUACAGCACUCAAACGACCUCUUGUUGUGUUGCAAGAGUUGUUUACUAAUUCUGUGCUUGAUCUGUCAUGGAGCUGUACAGGUCUGCAGUUGAUGGCUUGUUCAUGGGAUGGAACUGUUGCUUUUGUAGAGUUCUCAGAAGAUGAACUUGGGAAGCCACUUACAAUGGAAGAGAAGACAAUGCUUCAUGAGCGCAUGUAUGGCAAGUCACUAUCAGCUGCCGGUGGUGCAGGUGCAUGCGUGGUGGAGACACCAGAGUUGCUUGCUGUCCGGGAGAAGGCAGAAAAAGCUGCAGCAGAGAAAGCGGCAGCAGACGCUGGGCAGACUAAUGGCUCACUGGAACGGCCAGCUGCUUCUGUAUCCCAGCCUUCAACACCUCUUAAGGGCCCCAUCAAUAAACAGAUAGAGACUCGUACUUCAGAUGGAAAGAGAAGAAUAACACCUAUGUACAUACCUCCUGCACCAGAUGCUGGGGAUGGACCUCGUCCAUUUGGGUUGGCAAUUACUGGUAGUGCACACCAGCCAACAUUUAGCAGUUCCUCUGAGACCAAAAGUCGUAUUAUGAUUGAAAAACGGGAUGAUGUGGUACGGCCAAAUGUUAGUAGCAGUGGAGGAACUCCUGGUUCCAGCAAAUCUUGUGAUGGCACACCAAGCCCUGCUGGAAGUACACCUGUCAAAGGUGUUCAGGCAAAUAAUAGCCUAGCUGGAACCCAAGUAGUUAUCGGAGUAACUGACAACAAGCAUCGCUCAACAAGCAAUGCAGAAACGAAACUGGAGCUGCAGAAAGUAGAACGCAGUGCACCAGUUGCAGCAAAGAGACGGCUGGAUAGGGAGCCAUUGGGAGGGAAGGGGAAGCGGAUGCGGCUGUUACCACCAGCUGAUAGCAAACCAGCACCACAACCAGUGCCACCUCCUGCCCCUGCAGCCUCUGAGCAUCCAGCUCUUUCUCUGCCUGUUCUUCGGCUAUCAAAGUCGGCAUCUGUACCACUGUUGGGAGGGCGUAAACGAUUAGAAGUAUCGAAUGGUGCUCUCAACACUCCACAUGGUCCACUGACACGGGUCUGUGUGUGCAGUGUAGCAGACACUGAACAGCCACCAGACUGGGAGGCUGUGUUAGGUUCUCCGGCAGCUGGAGUAGCUGCCAAUAACCAGGUUAUUGCUAUUGCGUGCCAAGAUGCUAUGCUCCAUCUGCUUGAUUUGAAAACAGGAAGACGACCUUUCCCGCCUCUCGUGCUGUCAGCGGCUCCAUCCCGUUUGGUGCUUUCAGGGCUUCAGCAUGUUAUGGUUAUCACAAGCAAUGGCUGCAUUAGUGUAUGGGACUUUGAGAAAAGCCGUUGCCUCAUCAAGAAUGAAUCGCUGAUGCCUAUUAUGCGUUCUGAACCAGGCUCUGUUGUCACAAUUUUGAGUUGUACAGUAACAGAGAAAGGCUGCCCUAUAAUAUCACUAUCAACAGGAAAAGCAUUCAUGUUCUCCAGUGAUCUAAGUUGCUGGUUAUUAAUGGGUGACAGCUUAGAUGCAGUCCAGCGCUCUUGUGCUCAGCGUACAUUCACUCAGCUUCUGCCACAAGAAAACAAAUUGCUUCCACUUGCUUCUUUGCAGUCUCACAUUAAAGGGAUUUCGUCGACUGCAAGUCGCCUUCUUAAUGGAGCAAAUGUUGGGCCUCUAUGCACAAUAACCUUUCUGGAACAACAACUUUCAGCAUGUGUUGCACUCAACUCACCAAAGGAGUACCACAGUUGGUUGAUGUGUCUUGCCAGGUUUCUCAUUCAAGAAGGUCUGGAGUCCAAAUUACGGCUAAUCUGUAAUGAUCUGCUGGGUCCCACACACAGCCAUUCAAAUCAAAGCAAAUCUUGGGAAAACACAAUUAUGGGGUUUUCAAAGCACGUUUUGCUAAGAGAGAUACUUUCUCUGAUGGGCACAAAUCUCAGAUUGCAGAGACUUCUUGUUGAAUAUAGUGACCAGCUCACACAAUUAGAACAAUCUGCUCAGUUAUUUAAUGGAAUGGAAAAGCAGUGAGAAGGUUACCAUAAAGUGUUUUCAUUACACAGAAUGUCGUGAAAAGUUGUGUAAUACAGGUGCAAUUUUGUGAAGUGACUUGCCUAAUGACAAAAUGUUUAUCUUAUUUUUUAAAUAGUACUUUUAAAUAAAAUUAUACUUAGUAUUACUGCUGUUCUGUGAAGUAUCAUGCUAAACAACAUUGUGGUGUCAGUGAUGAAUAUUUUUCUGUCUUACUGUCACCACAAAGUUAGAGGUAUUCAAACAUAAUUCAUAUGGAGACAUGAGCAAUGUGUUCAGUAAGCAAACUUCACUGCCAUGUAGAACACUAGUGUCCCACCUCAGGCAACAAAUUAUUAUUUGUUAUUUUGUGUGUGUUUGUACCUGUUCUUAUUUGUUCUGCUGUUAAGUGAUAAGAAAAUCAGUAUAUUUUAAUAAACAACAUCUUACGUUAUCAGUAUUCAUCACAUAACAUUCUCAGAAAAAUGCUACUUUGAAAGACUGCUACCCUCACAACAUUCAACUGUAAAUAAAAACAUUGUUUUAUAAUAAAACAAGAAAAUGCGUACGAGAUUUUUCAAAGAGCUUCAUAUAAAAAUUGUAAUGCUUGUCAUUGCUCUGUGUUGUUUAUUCAUUUAAAGGCAGUAUUGUUAGUCAUGUAGAACAUGGAUAUUUAUUUAGGUUAUUUGUGUCUUUUGUAAAGUUUUUAUUUGUUAUUUAAUUGUUUGAUGAAGUUCAGUUAACUUAGUUUCUGUGAAAUUAAUCUGCAAAAUAAUUCUGAAAUAGUUGAUUAUUGUGUGUAUGACUUAUCAUUACAAAAAGACUGACAUAAAUGGGAGUACUAGUGUCUUGAUUUUAAACUUAAUUUAAGAAAAUGUGUUUGUUACAAGUCCUAGUUCUAGCUGAUACAUUCCUCUGCCUCAUGUAGUAAAUGAAAAUAAUUGAUAUUCAUCAAUUCGUGAAUGCUGAAAAGUUAUUCAACUACAACUGUGUUCAUUCAAUUACUUUUAAUAACAAAUGUGAAUAAUAACUGGUUCAUUUCUUCUGAGGACCAAGCCAUGUCACUUAAAUUUGUCAUUCUACUUUUUAUUAUUUUAUGCAUAACUUCAUUCUGUAGAAUUUUUUUCUUUAGUGUAUGCACACAAAAGACUCCUAUUGAGAAAUUGUUCAAAAUUCAGCUGUUGUUAGUCAGUAUAAAACCCUUUAGAAACCCUAUAAAAUAGUCUUUUUGUGUUGAUUUUAUACACAGCUCUUCAUCAUUAUAGAGCAGAUGCUCAUUAUCUUUUACAAAGAGACAAUAAUAAUAACUGAUUUCACACCAAAUAAAUUUAAUUGGUAAUUGUUUUCUGUAAGUAAUGGUUUUUCUGCAUUCGCAUUCAUAAGCAUGUGUGAAUGUGCAAGUGAGAUUUGUUUGAAUGUGCCAUUGAGAUUUGUUUGAAUGUGCAAGUGAGAUUUGUUUGAAUGUGCAAGUGAUAUUUGAAUCUGAAUGGAUAGAUAAUUUGAUCUGAGUUUAUUGUAUAAAAGUGUAUGUUACAGGAGUGUGUACCUUGAAGGAAUAAUUGAUUUUAUUUAAAACAUUCGUUCAACAAUGUUUUAAGAUUUUAUUUAAAUGUACACAACAUUAAAUAGCUUUAUUGCAAUUUGAAAUGCAAAAUGUGUAGCAGUGGCUGUGAUUGUGUUUCAUUCUGGAUUAUUAUUUAAAAGGAAAGUAAAUUACUGUAUUUUUUCGUUCAUUGGUGUAAAUUAUGAUUCACAUUUUAAUACUGAUAAGAUUUGAGUAAUUGCUUCAUACCUAAGUGAUUUGGUGAGUAAGUAUUUCAUUCAAUUUGAAGUUCUGUGUUUGUUCAUAAGUGGAGCACUUCCUGAAAUCAUCUUCUAGUGAUAGUUUAUAAUGACAUGAGAUGACAUAAAUGAAUUGGUAAUAUUUGACAAUCAAAAUUACAAGUUUUUCAUAAAAUGAAAAUAAAUGCUAGCGGCAGACCACGCACUUUCUUUCCACAAAGUUAGGAUGCCUUCUUGUCAUUGUAACAAUGACAGCUUUAUUUUCCUAUGAUGACCUCAAGCAAAACAUUGUGAAAAAAAGGUGAAAAUUGCUACAAAAGUUGAGAUAUUAUGACUCAGCCAUUUUCUUCAACAUUUGUCACAUUUCUGUAUGAACUCAUCACUGACUACAUGAUGAGUAAUGAAAUGGCCAGCCACCUCAACAUUUGUUCUUCCAUUUUUAAACAGGUGAUUACACUGCUGCAAACGCCUUCGCACGUCAUACUCUUUCUUUUUUGAAUGAUUUCUUGAAGCCUUCCGCUGCCAUUUUCUUUGUUUCUUGUAUGAUUGUUCUGUGUUGGCCUAAGGCCGAAAUUGAACAAUCGUACAGGAAAUAAAGAAAAUGGCAGCUGAAGGCUUCAAGAAAUCAUUCAAAAAAUUCAUUGCAGACUCUAUCACAUUGAAAAUUGUACUCUUUCCAUAAAUAGCACAAAUUUUGUGAUAAACAGGAACAUCUGUGAUGGUUUUCUUGAAGGAAAAAAAAUAGUAAUAUCUCUCAGGGAACAAAUCUAAUGGUGUUUGGAAGUGCAGCAUUCAUUUUAAAUGACUCCUGCAGAGAAACAGGCAACUAUAAAACUUUAUCACAAGUACAGAUGGUGAACUAAUGUACACAUUGGUACAGGACUAGCAAUUUAGCCUUUCUUGAGUCCAAGUCAUCCUCAUUCACCAUAAGGCACUAAUGGACAAGUGCUUCAUUUUAUGAACAAUAUGUAAAAUUGAUUGUCAUCCCUAAAUUAGACAGUAUUUAUAAUGCCAAUUGUUCAUGAUGUAAAUUCCGAUAUUCAUUACUGUAGAAUAUUAGUGUUUACAGACAAAGUUGAAUCAUAAAUAUUUGUCAUUAUGCUAUGAUAAUGGAAAUUCCAGGAUUGGAACAAUAAACAAAAGUGAGGAAAGGCAACAUUUCAUCUGUAGUUGAUUGAUGCAUGGGGCAUACAAAUAUGUACAAUUAACUGUUGAGCUGUCACUGUUAAAGUUUCAGUACAUGUUUUUUCAUAUAUAACCACUCUAUAGUGUGUCACCAUGACCAGAAGUGGGUGCAUUGAGAGAGAGAGAGAGAGAGAGAGAGAGAAAGAAAGAAAGAAAUCAUAUAAAUCAACAACAAGUGAGUAGUUGUCUUAACUCAGUUUUGUUUUCAUCAUUAUGAGCUAGAUCUCAAUAAAAUGAAUAACCUUAGUGCCUGAAAAGAAAUACCUACUUGCCAACACUGGCAGUGUAAUUGAGUCAUGUCCAAGAGGAGCAGGAUUCAAAUCCCAAUCAAGCUGUCCAGAUUUAGAUUUUCUGUUGUUUCUCUAAAUCAGUUUGGGUAAAUACUUAAGUGAUUUUUUUGCAAAU